ACGCAGAGUGCGGAAAUUCAUCCGGCUCUCGGAGCGAUAGUUGAUGUGGCGUCGGUCGGUUCUUGGUAGGUGAACUUCGGUUAGUUGUUUGGAAGCCCGGGAGCAGGUACCGAGAUGUCAGAACCGAGCAAACAGGAGAUCACCGCGAUCUUCAAGCGGCUACGCUCCGUUCCCACGAAUAAGGCAUGUUUUGACUGUGAAGCUAAGAAUCCCAGCUGGGCUAGCAUCACCUAUGGUGUCUUCUUGUGUAUCGACUGCUCUGGCACGCACAGAUCUCUUGGCGUACACCUGUCCUUCAUCAGAUCCACAGAGCUGGACUCGAACUGGUCCUGGUACCAGCUGCGCUGCAUGCAGGUGGGCGGCAAUGCCAAUGCGAUGGCAUUCUUCCAGCAGCACGGCUGCACAGCCAACGCAGCCAAUGCCAAAUACAACAGCCGAGCUGCACAGCUGUACCGAGAGAAGAUCAAGUCCCUGGCCAUGCAGGCCACUAGGCAGCAUGGGACAGAGUUAUGGCUGGACAGCCAGGCUCCUAUCUCCCCAACAUCACCACAGAACAAACCGGAGGAUUUCUUUGCCUUGCACACGCAGGCAGGUCCUGAUGACCAGUCUAGUCUGGACCACUCGGCAACACUGCACCUCAGAACCCAGGAGAGCCUCAAAACCAAUGAUGGCGAAUCAGAGGAAGGGCCUAAUGUGGAUCGUCUGGGCGUCUCCCCCAAGGCAGCACUGGCUGACUUGUCUCCUGCAGGAGUUACACCAAAUAAAGAGGCCUCUUCACUGAUCAAGAAGAAGCCAGCUGCUGUCAAAAAAACGAUGGCCACCAAGAAGGGUGGUUUGGGGGCUCAGAAGGUAAGCGGUCAGAGCUUCUCAGAGCAGGAGAAACGGGCCCAAGCUGUGGACAAGCUGCGGGAGCAUCGGGAGGCCACUGCCAAGAUGAUCAACCCGGCCGAGGAGAACAUAACUUCUUCGAUGCAUCUGGCUUACAAGGACCUAGAGACCCAGAGGAAGAAGGAGGAGAGCAAGAUGAAGAACCUUGAAGGGAAGAAGAAGGAGCAGGUGGAAAGAUUAGGCAUGGGACUUGGCAGCCGGAGUGGCGUGUCCCACUCCGUGCUGUCAGACAUGCACAUCAUCCAGCAGGAGGCGCCAUCUGUGAUCCAGACCUCCAGAGGACGGAAGUACACAGAGGAGGAGGAGGGCACCUUCUCCUCCAGGCUGUCCCCCAAAUACACGGACGAGCCUGCAGAACCCUCCAGUCAGUUCUUCUCCAACUGGGCCGGGCCUGGAGAGAGUUCCUGGAAGACGGAGAACAGAAAGUCAGAGCCGGAUGUGCUCCUCAUUUCCAAGACCCCUUUGCUGGACGAGAGGGCUACGACGAGGCGCAAGUAUGACUGUGAGUCUAGCAGUGCUUCUGAUGAGGCUCAGAGGAAGUUCGGUGACGUGAAGGCCAUCUCAUCUGACAUGUACUUUGGGAAACAGGAUAACUCGGAGUACGAGGCGCGGACCAGACUGGAGAGGUUCUCCAGCAGCUCAGCCAUCAGCUCGGCAGACUUGUUCGAUGAUCAGAAGAAGCAAACUGGAUCCUACAGCCUGACAAAUGUCCUCCCCAACACGCCAGACAUUUCACAGCUGAAGCUGGGAGUGAAGUCGGUUGCCGGGAAGCUCUCUGUGAUGGCCAGUGGAGUCAUGUCAUCCAUCCAGGAUCGCUAUACCACGUGAUUCCCAGAUUCCUGUGGAUAUGUGCUUUCCACCUGCACAUUCGCGUACACUUGUACUUAUCCAGAAUCACUGUUGCAUAUGUUGUCCUUCUAUAGCUAUGGACUCCGUAAUUUCCUCAAAAUCUGGCCUGUUUGACUGUGGAUCUAGUAGGACGACGGUGUGUUGGGCAGGGUGGGAGGUUCCUUGCAGUAUGCAGUGGGCUCACUGCUCACCCAUGAACACUGAUGCCAUCUGCUCACCCCUCAGAGGGACUUCUUUUCCCCCUCAUCUUAAACAUCUUGUAAUUUGUCUGGGAUUUGGUUUGGGUUGAUGAGCCUGACAUUCAUGAAGUGGUUUGGGUAUUCCCACAUACACGUCCUGUUCCUCAGCAAGUAUGUACAAGCCUUUUUUAAUGUCUGAUGAAACGGCUGUUUUAUGAAGUGUGGUGCCUGCCCUGUGAAGGGAGGUUUUCUGGGGUGGCUGGUGUGAGGAUAUAUGGGUUUUGGGGGGGGAAAAAAGCACUUUUCUUUGGUUAGGAGUGCUGUGUGUACCCUUACAAUGUUACUUUAAAAUGUUAUUGAUCAUUUAGAAUUCCCCACUGUUGAGAACCUUUUUCCACCGUAGUCUGUUUUCAUCCUGUUCCAAAGUGUUUCACUCCAAGAAUAACCACCACUUAUCUCUCUUAAAAAAAAAGUGACCAGACAAUUUCCCUAAGAUGUAAACAAUCCCGGGAAUGUGGCGUGUGACAAAUCAUGACACUUUUUUUAUGGUGUAACCCAGAGAAUUUGGGGUCUCCUCCCUUUUGUAUGUUUAUAAUUUAACGGGGACUCCGCAUUUCAGCAGUUGCCUAUUACUAUAUACACAAGCCAAAGCAUUAAAUAUUGUAGCUCUUUGCAAGUUGCCAUUGCAAUUUUAUGUGUACAAGUCUGGUUUUAUUUACCCAAACGUUCGUUGUAGCUUUUUGUCUGUUGUAGCUGAUUUUUGUAAGAUGUAUGAGUCGUAAUUUUAUGUAAGUUACCGGUAGUUCGUUAAUUAUUAUUGCUUUAAAUCGCAAUUGCUUUAAAACGCAUUGUCUCAGAUACAGUUUUAACUCGUGCUUUUCACAUACUGAUUAUAUAUUCGGACGGUUCACGUUUUUUGUGCGGCACGAGUUUGCCUUCAUCACAGACUGGUCGGGGAUUCAAUAGCACCGACAUCUCCAUGCAGCUGUUAGAAAUUAUUUACAGGCGAGAGUUGCUGUGCGUUAGGACCUGAUUGAAGGGAGGGGGAGGGAGUUUAAACUAUUUACUCGACAGUGGAAUAUGCGGGGGAAUUGCUACGCGUUUCAUACUUGGCAUAGAUAAAUGAGACACAGCCAAAAAGUGAUUUCAAACGUUAAAUAUGGAAAAUGUUGAAUAAACGGUUUUGCGUACCCCUG